CUGCACGGAGGGCGGAGCUGCGGCCCGAGAACGCGACGCGAGCCCAGUUCCGGCGAGGAGGCCGCGCCAGUGACAGCGAUGGCGGCGGAGUCGGCGCUCCAAGUCGUGGAGAAGCUGCAGGCGCGCCUGGCCGCGAACCCGGACCCGAAGAAGCUAUUGAAAAAUUUGAAGAAACUCUCCACUUUGCCUAUUACAGUAGACAUUCUUGCGGAGACUGGGGUUGGGAAGACGGUAAAUAGCUUGAGAAAACAUGAGCACGUUGGAAGCUUUGCCAGGGACUUGGUGGCCCAGUGGAAGAAGCUGGUUCCUGUGGAGCGAAACACGGAGCCUGAUGAGCAGGACUUUGAGAAGAGCAAUUCCCAAAAGCGCCCCAGGGAUGCUGUUCAGAGAGAGGAGGAGGUGGAGGGGGACUACCAGGAACACUGGAGAGCCUCCAGCAGCCAGUCAUAUAGUCCUGAUCACAGACAGAAACACAGGAAGCUCUCAGAGCUCGAGAGACCUCACAAAGUGUCGCACGGUCAGGAGAGGAGAGACGAGAGAAGGAGGUGCCACAGAGGCUCACCAGUUUACUCUUCAGACCAUGAAUCUUCUGAUUAUGGCCAUGUUCAGUCCCCCCGAUCUUCUGCCAGUCCUCAUCAGAUGUCCAUGGACCAUUACAGAUCCCCAGAGGAAGAUCAUGAGCCCUUUGUUGCACACCAGAAGCCUGGAAAAGGCCACAGUAAUGCCUUUCAGGACAGGCUGGGGGUCAGUCAGGAACGACACCUCGAGGAACCCCCAGGGAAAGGGGUUGUGAGUCAGAACAAGGAGCACAGAUCCUCUCAUAGGGAAAAACGUCCAGUGGAUACCAGAGGAGAUGAGCGGUCGUGUUUGAGCCGAGAGAAGUCACACAAAGCCAUCUCCAAAGAGGAAAACCGAAAGCCACUCUCAGGGGCGAGCACCAAGGAGAAGCUGUCCUCCAGCGGUGUCAAGAAGGAGAAGGAGAAAGACAGCAGCACCAAGAAGAAGUAUUUACCCCCCUCGGAGCCUGCUUCAGACAACCACCUGAAAAAGCCAAAGCACGAAGACUCAGAGAAAACCAAGUCCGACAGACACAGGCCAGGCCCGGACAGCCUGCACACAGGGAAGGGGGCAGGGGGCCAGCUGCCCAAGGGAAAAGAGAAGGUUUCCAACAACCUGAAGACUCAGGAAGGAAAGGGGAAAACUUCUCAUUUGGAUAGAAAGUCAGCAGGCUCCCUUCCUAAAGCUGAGGAGGCAGAUAUGGAUGAUGAAUUCGAACAGCCUACCAUGUCUUUUGAGUCAUACCUCAGCUACGACCAGCCCCGGAAGAAAAAGAAGAAAAUCGUGAAAACUUCAAACACAGCUCUUGGAGGGAAAGGACUUAAAAAAAAUGAUUCGAAAAGCAGUAGUAAAAACUUGGACUCAGCUCAGAAAUUACCUAAGGUGAAUGAAACCAAGUCAGAGACACUUCAGCCUCCUGGAUCCAAUUCAGCCAAGCUGAAAAAGGUCCCCAUCGAUGCACUGCCAGCAUUGCCGGACCUCCCUUUACCCAUGAUACAGGCCAAUUACCGUCCACUUCCUUCCCUUGAAUUGAUAUCCUCCUUCCAACCAAAGCGGAAAGCACUCUCUUCACCCCAGGAAGAGGAAGAAGCUGGAUUCACUGGACGAAGGAUGAACUCUAAGAUGCAAGUGUAUUCUGGUUCCAAGUGUGCCUAUCUCCCUAAAAUGAUGACCUUGCACCAGCAGUGCAUCCGGGUACUUAAAAACAACAUUGACUCAAUCUUUGAAGUGGGAGGUGUCCCAUAUUCUGUUCUGGAACCUGUUUUGGAGAGGUGUACACCUGAUCAGCUAUAUCGCAUAGAGGAAUACAAUCAUGUAUUAAUUGAAGAAACAGAUCAAUUAUGGAAAGUUCAUUGUCACCGAGACUUUAAGGAAGAAAGGCCAGAAGAGUAUGAGUCGUGGCGGGAGAUGUACCUGCGGCUUCAGGAUGCCCGGGAACAGCGGCUACGAGUCCUGACAAAGAAUAUCAGAUCGGCACACGCCAAUAAGCCCAAAGGCCGACAAGCAAAGAUGGCCUUUGUCAACUCUGUAGCCAAGCCGCCUCGUGAUGUUCGAAGGAGGCAGGAGAAGUUUGGAACAGGAGGAGCAGCUGUGCCUGAGAAAAUCAAGAUUAAACCCGCCCCCUACCCCAUAGGAAGCAGCCAUGCCCCCUCCAGUGGUGGUAGCAACAGCUUUAACGCCAGCCAUGAGGACCUGGCCUACGACGGCCCGAGCACCAGCAGUGCCCACCUGGCACCGGUGGUCAGCAGCACUGUUUCCUAUGACCCUAGGAAACCGACUGUGAAGAAAAUUGCCCCAAUGAUGGCCAAGACGAUUAAAGCUUUCAAGAACAGAUUCUCCCGACGAUAAACUGAGGCCUGGCCUUGGAGAUGAAAUUUGAGGGGAGGAAAGCAGGGACACUGGGGGUUGGGGAAUGGAGCUUCCGAAGGAGGCCGGGGCCUUUUGGUCUCCGAGUCCUGCCCCGUUUGCAGGUGUGGCUUGCACCUGUGAGCCUGUGUGCCGCAGCCACUGCCUCCCUGCUUGAGAACACUUCAGAAUUCUGAAGAAGAUGUGAAGCUCAGUCUCACUGAGGAUUUUAAGGUCAAUAUACUUUUGUUGUUAAUUAACGUCUUUGUAAACUAUAAGACAUAGUUUUAAUUAAUAAAUAUUGCCCCCAGAUUGUAUUUAUAUUACCCCCAGUUUUUUUUUUCUUUUUCUUUUUUUGCCCUCUACCACACACUUAGCCUUUUAUUUUCAGAGUCCUUUAUUAAAGUUAGAUAAAAGCCUAGUGAAAGCCAUUCCCCUGCCCCAGGUCAGCUCUCCUGAGGGGACUCCUGUCCAGAGGGAGGAUGGGCACCCCCAAAGCCUGUGCGGUGCCUGCUGCACAUAGGGCGAGGAGUGGGUCCUGGGCUGCCCAUCCUAGAGAGGAGCCUCGAUGGGAAGACAGAGGUGUUCAGCUCACCUCCGAGGCCCUUUCCAAUGUUGCUUUGAGUUCCUCUGCAGGUGCGUCUCUUUCUUACUCAUUAAAUAGUAUUUAUUGAGGAAGGUUAUUUGUAAAGGUCUAGCAUCUUUCCCCCAUCCUUUUUGCCAGUUCCCACUUUUUUGAGGCUCACGAGAGGACACAGAACUUUGGGAGAUGAAUUUGCACAGAUGCCCAGCAUUUUUAUAAUUUCCAGUUUCUGAUAAAAACUUCAGGGGUUUUUCCUCCCCCAUUUUUCCUUCUCCCCACCAGCAGGGGGGAAAAAACACAAAUACAUGGCAGGGCUUUUUGUAGCCUCCAAAUACAACUGUAGAAUUUUAAAAGCCAGCACUUUAAUCUCCUGUUCCCUAUGAAUUGCUACUAGAAGUGAAUGGUUUUAAAAGUUGCAAUGCUAUGUUGGAAAUCGGUUUUAUUUUUGCCUGUCUUUAAAAGGUAAGAUCAUGUAAUUGGAAGAGCACAACAAUGUGUUAUGUUUUGUAGAGAACUUUGCAGCGGAAGCUCUCUCUACUAUUGAGUGAGCCAGAAUUUGGAGGGAAGGGCCAACUUAAGGCAAGUGUCUGAGCUGUAGUGUCAGGAUUGGAGAGAACCGGGAGGGCAUGCAUGAGGUUUGGGAGGGAGGGAGAGCCUCACUUUUGAGUUGGUGUAGGAGCAGGGCCAGAUCUAGAAGGACACUGUUAUCACCCCUCUUGGCUGUUGAAAAGCGCUGAUCUGGUAGAAACCUCCCUGGCUGUGACCCAGAUGGAUGGAGAUGCUCUACAUUUGAGGUGCCCAUCCUUAAACAUGACGAGUAGACUGAGGGUGUGGGUACUGUGGCAGCCUUGGGGGCUCGGCAGUCCCCUCAGCAAGCUCAUUCAAAACCCUAGGAGAUGAAGCCCCCUGUUUCUAACCAUCCUGGAGACCCCAAUUAGGCCAACUUUAAAGAUUCCAGAGCAACACAGGAAAUCUGUGUAGCAGAAGCCCGUCGUUCAGUGUGUGUUGCUAUGCAGGGUGCCUGAUGUGUCAGGACACACAUGUUGCUGUGUUUUUCUCCUGCUGUAUUUUGAAUUACAUAAAGCUUGAUUUCUCUUGA